GUGAUAAUAAGCUGCUCUUGGGGUUUCAUUGAUUAAGGGCACAAUAGGAGGGAAGUUCUCUCAGCAUUCACACUGUAGCUGAUUUGCUCUUAUGGUACGCUGCACCGGAACGACGCGGACAGCGAUUGAACGCCAACAUGCCCGAAAUGGUUGCUUUGAAUAGCCCCGAAACGGUCAUUCCGACCACUUCCGAGAUUGAUACACGGAAGCCGCUGAAGAAGAGAACCAGUGCCCUAAAUACGCUCUUUUACUAUCUCGGCCUGGAACAGCGAUCCAGUGGAGCUGCCAAAAAAAACCAGUGUCUCCGAAUACUUAUACUUGCUGUUUUGUUCGCAGUAUUUGUGGCAAGCGCUGUGGGAUUUUUCAUUAUGUGGUGUACCAACAUGUACAAUAAUUCCUUACUAGAGAAUUUAAUACUUAGGCCAAAUUCUACGGCAGCAGACUGGUGGGUUAGGCCACCAGUAUAUCCUUUACUUAAGGUGCACGUUUUUAACUACACCAAUGCUGAGCAAUUUCUUGCCGGGAACGAUUCCAAACUAACUGUGGAAGACUUAGGCCCGUUCGUCUACAAAGAGACGGCUGAAAAGGUGCAAGUAGUGCAUAACAACGAUGGAACUAUUUCGUAUCGGGAGCACCGCUACAUACAGUACUUGCCGGAGGAGUCCAAAGGAAAACCGUACGACCAGGUCGUGGUACCGGACGUAGUGUUUCUUACGGCUGUCUCCAAGAAACGGUUGGAGGGCGCGUUCAAGCAAUUCACGUUCAACGUUGCUGCCAGUUCGGCAGGUUCGAGGGCAUUCACAAAGAAACCAGUCGAGUCCUUACUCUGGGGAUACAAGGACGAUUUGCUGGACAUGGCUAAGUCCAUGUUCGAUUCCGACAUUUCUCCCACGUUUGGAAUGCUCAUGACGCGAAAUGGGACCAGUGCCGAGAACUUUACUAUCUACUCGGGAGUAAACAGUCUGCGUGAGCUGGCCCUCAUGAAGCAAAUGGACGGGAAGCCACGGUUUGACUUAUGGCAUACCGACGAGUGCGAUAACGUGGGAGGCACCGAUGGGUCGCAGUUCCCCCCACACCUGAUGGACCGCAAGCAGCCGCUGCAUGUGUUCAUUAAGUCCCUCUGUCGAAAGUUUCCUCUCGCCUACGACAGUGAGGUGACGGCUCUAGACGGCAUUCCGGCGUGGCGCUACAAGAUACCGAACAAUGUAUUCUCGCAUCCCGACGAACACCUGCCAAAUCAUUGCUUCUGCCAUCUUGAGUCGGGAUCGUGCCCCCCCAGUGGCCUGUUCAACAUCUCCGGCUGCUCGAUGGGAGCGCCCAUUUUCGCCUCGUUUCCGCAUUUCUACACCGGCGAUCCUCAGCUGAUCAACUCAAUCAACGGCAUCAAGCCAGAACAGGAACUGCACGAAACGUACGCCGACAUCCACCCACGGUUGGCUUUCCCGAUCGACGGAGCUUCCCGCUUCCAGAUCAACAUACAGGUGCAGAAAGCAUCGAUGGUUUCAGGGCUGGAAAAGUUCGCUGAAGGGCAGUACCUGCCGGUGAUCUGGCUAGAGGUCGUUCCUGGCGUGAUCUCGGAUGAGCUACGAGAAAUGAUCUACCACAGCACGUACAGUGCCAACGCCAUCCAGAUGUCGCUCCGCGUCGUUACGCUAGUAUUUGUCGUCCUCUCCUUGGUGCUGCUGAUCGCGAAGUGCUACUAUGGUACAAGGAGCUUAGAGAAGAAAUAGACAAACCGACGAUCAGCAAACAGCUUCGCCAGGCUCGACGACAAAGGCACGAUCAUCGCUUCAUAGCAGGAAAGCUUCGCCUUGAAUGCUUCCUUGCAGCCCUGCAACACGAAUACUCACGACUGAUGGACAUUGCCAGGACAAGCUGGCAAUGCUCUACCAUUCACCGUGCCUUCCCGUAGCAGCAUAGGUUUGGUGCGUUCAACACGCGCACAUUGUUUGAACAUAGAGAUAGCAGGUUGUUUCAUAUGCAGCUACCAGCGGCUCGUUAGACGAUUGCAUUUUUUUUUCUUCUUAGAUCGGGCGUUGUUCCCACAAUCCCAUUACCAGUUAUUCUCGUGCGUUA